AUGGCUACAGGACUAUACUCUGACAAAGAGAAACGGUGUCCAGCCUACUCAAAGAAGUAUUUUUCAAGAGGUAUUUUAUCUUCCCAAAGGAGUGAGACGACGAACAAAUCCGUUUCAAGAAGACUUCACAAAACCCAAGGUUUAUGUGAUUUUUACAGGGAGUUUCUUGAUGUAGCAGAUAAGUGGAGGAGUAAAGAAAGUGGAGAAGAUUACCAAUGUAAGGUUGGGAACAGACAUUUGGCAUUUGCUAGUGUCAAGUUGCUUAUUCAUGCCAAAGAGUUGUACACCAUUGAGCUCUACUUGAUGUUUGAGGACAAUUUUAUUAAAGGUGCGGCAUGCAACCACAAAAUUGUAAGCUACGAACCUCCUAUUCUUGUUUAUCAUGUUUGGAGACUAGAUCAAGAUUUUAUUAGGCAUGUUGUUACCUUUAACUUGGAAGAGAAUAUAGUCGAUUUCACUUGCAAGGGUUUUACUGAAAGUGAGCUUUUAUGUGCACAUAGCUUACGUAUAUUUCAUAUACAUUGCGUAGAAACUGUCCCACCUAGUUAUUUAGUGAGUAGAUGGACUAAAGCUGUGAUGUACACAAGUGUUGAUGAUGAUGCUACAAAUGAGGCUAAAGAUGUGUCGCCAUGUGUUUGGAGGACUCACACUAUAAGGAACUUCAUCCGUAUAGUAAACUCAAGUCAAAAUGAUGUAGUUUCCCGAAAAGUGGUUGACUCUGCUUAUGAUGACAUGAAGAAAGAAGUGGAGAAUUUGAUUGGUUCCAUUGAUUUAUCCGAAGAACCUGAACAUGAAGAAAGCUCAACUCCUUCUGCUGAUUAUGUUAAAAAUCCAACUAAAAGAAAAGAGAAGUAUGUGAGGAAUGACAGGCUGAAAAGUACAAUGGAAAAACAAUGCAAUAAAGUAAAGGGGUGGAAGAAGAGGCAAGCGAAAUUUUCUGAUAAAACUAAGGCAAAGGCACAAGCUUCAGUGCAGGGUGAAAAUGAAAUUCCUCCUGGUGGUAAUUUAUUUCACCUGAUGUCACAUGAUUUAGGAUUAGAGGUUUUUGUACCCGACGACUAUUUUGGUGUAAACUACAUACCGUUUACAAGUUCAUAA